AUGGCACAUCCGGAAGGAAAGAUUGAGGAUGUACUUGUGCAAGUUGAUCAAUUCAUUUUUCCGUCUGAUUUCAUCAUUCUUAAUUAUGAAGCGGAUGGAGAUGUUCCUAUUAUCUUGGGUAGGCCAUUUCUAGCUACCGGGAGGACUUUGAUUGACGUACAAAAAGGGGAGUUUACUAUGAGGGUGAAUGACCAACAAGUGACUUUCAAUGUGUUCAACGCUAUGAAGUUUCUGGAUGAGAUUGAGGAAUGCUCUCGGUUGAGUGUAAUUGAGUCAAUUGUCACUGAAAAAUUCCACAAGGAAGCUUUUAAAAAUGGAAUGGGGGUGAGGUCACAUGAAGACCUUGAAAACAUAAGUGAAGAGGAAGAAGCCAAGUUACAUGGGUGGAGUCGAGAUAAAUUCAAAUCAGUCUUUACAAACCGGACAAGCAGCCCCUUACUAAAUUUAGGAGGCCUUUUUUAUUCCUUGGACUUUUCAGAAGGGAAUUUUAAGCCUCCUAAGCCGUUUAUUCAAGAGCCACCAAAUUUAGAGUUGAAUCCUUUGCCUAAUCACUUGAAGUAUGCCUAUUUGAGAGAUAACGAGACUUUGCCUGUAAUUAUUUCAGCCAUGUUAGGAGCUGAAAAAGAGCAUUUGUUGCUGGCUGUUUUGAAGAAAUAUACACGGGCCAUUGGUUGGAACAUGGCAAAUAUUAAGUGUAUAAGUCCUUCAUUUUGUAUGCAUACAAUUCUGUUGGAGGAUUGCUAUAAUAAUUCUGUUGAGCAGCAGCGAAGGUUUAAUCCUAUCAUGAAGGAAGUGGUUAGAAAAGAGAUAAUUAAAUGGCUCGAUUAUGGAAUUGUUUACCCAAUUUCUGAUAGUUCUUGGGUCAGCCCGAUUCAGUAUGUUCCUAAGAAAGGUGGAGUCACGGUGGUGGCUAAUGAAAAUAAUGAGUUGAUUCCCACAAGACAAGUGAUGGGGUGGCGUGUUUGUAUGGACUACCGAAAGCUAAAUAAGGCUAUUAGGAAAGAAAAUUUCUCGCUGCCAUUCAUUGAUCAAAUUCUUGAUCGGUUGCGGGAAAAGAGUUUUAUUGCUUCCUUGACGGGUAUUCAGGCUAUAAUCAGAUUUCCAUUGCGACAGAAGACCAAGAGAAGACUACCUUCACUUAUCCUUAUGGCACCUUUGCCAUUAGAAGGAUGUUGUUUGGAUUGUGCAAUGCUCCUGCCACUUUCCAACGUUGUACGAGGGCGAUUUUUUCAGAUAUGGUGGAAAAGUCUCUUGAAGUCUUCAUGGAUGAUUUUUCAGUAUUUGGAGUGUCAAGAAGCUUCUGUGACUUUGAUGAAAGCUCUUAUCACUGCACCCAUCAUUGUAGCUCUGGAUUGGUCUCUUCCCUUUGAAUUAAUGUGCGAUGCUAGUGACUUUGUUGUGGGUCCCAUACUUGGGCAACGAAAAGAGAAGGUCUUUCAUUCCAUUUAUUAUGCAAGCAAGACAUUAGCCGAUUCUCAGUUGAACUAUACCACCACUGAGAAAGAACUUUUAGUGGUGGUGUUUGCCUUUGACAAGCUAGAGCUUAUCUUGUGGGAACUAAAAAAAGGAACGGAGAACCAAGUGGCUGACCAUUUAUCUAGACUUGAAACUGGAAGUGAAAAGCAAGGUGAAGGGCCAAUUAAAGAGACAUUCCCCAAUGAGCAAUUGAUGGUUGUGAACCAACUCACUACACCAUGGUAUGCUGAUUUUGUCAACUAUUUGGAUGAGCGUUAUUUGUACAAGCAAUGUCCAGAUCAAAUCAUGAGGCGUUGUGUGCCUAAGGAUGAAGUUUCAAGCAUACUAGAGCAUUGUCAUUCAACUCCUUAUAGUGGACAUUUUGGUGGGCAAGGGACAGUCGCUAAGGUUUUUCAAUCGGGGUACUUUUGGCCUUCUAUCUUCAAGGAUGCUCAUGCAUUUGCUAAACGAUGUGACCGCUGCCAACAUGUUGGAAAUAUUUCAGCAAGGAGUGAAAUGCCUUUGAAUAGCAUCCUUGAAGUGGAAUUGUUCGAUGUUUGGGGAAUCGACUUCAUGGGACCAUUUCCUCCGUCCUUCAGAAAUUUGUAUAUUUUGGUGGCGGUUGAUUAUGUCUCUAAGUGGGUUGAAGCAGUGUUAAGAAAGAAAACAAAUAGAUAUAAUACAAUAAUGGAUGAGUUAAAGGCGUGA